UUAUUAUUGAGAUCGGCUCUCAAGUUCUGUUGUUGUCGCGCGGCGCGCCGCUCGCGCUGAUAACGCGAUGCCACGGCGACCUGCGCACGCGCACCGCGUAACGCUCCGCAGCUUUAAGCUCGCGCGGACAUUGUAAAAAGUACUCACCCCCGUAAAGUGAUGGAAUGGAUAUUUCUAUGGACCAGUGCUUAUUGUCAGUAACAGAACAGGAACGACUAUUUGUAUUGUGUGAUUUUUUCUUGGGUUUUAAUAUCGUAUUUGGAUAUUGAUAAGUGCUUGUACGAAAGUGAAAACGAUAUUCUGUGCUGAUAUUGUAACGAAUUUGAGUUUAUAAAAGGAUACUUUUUAAUGGACAAUUGUAAAUUGAUCUGUGAGAUAAUACAAUAAAUUGAUGAGAUUUGGGCAGUUGGGAUCAACUGAAGAUUUUCUUCGUUUGCGUCGAUACUGUGUAAGAAAAACGCCGCCAAGCUGUCUACCGCAAAUGAGAUUAUACCCAACUACCACAUCGAAGCGCUAAUAGGUCGGUGGCGCACGAGCCCGAUGAGCGCGUGCGCGGCGGCCGCCAUGCGCGAAAAGCACGCGGCGCCGCGCCGCCUCGCCUCUCCCCCGCCGUCCCCACACGAACACCACAGCCCCCUUGGCUCACCACGCGCCGACGAACCACUCGAUCUCAGAGUCACACACAAACGUCCGCCACGGUUAGAAGAUGAGAACUGCAAUUUAAUCACCCCUUCACCGCCGCCACACCCCACGCACCCAGCGCACCCUGCUCAUCCAGCUCUACUACAAUUCUGUCGUCGGCUGCCAUUAGCUUUACCGGCCUCGUUUGGCCGCUACCCGUUCCUCCCAGCUGCAGCAGCAACGUUACUCGCUCCGGGUACACCAAGAGCACCACCUAUUCCCCCAAACCCUGGUGCCCCCAGAGCACGGGAUAGGUAUACGUGCUCUUAUUGUGGCAAAGCAUUUCCUCGCAGUGCUAACCUGACGCGACAUUUACGGACGCACACUGGUGAACAGCCUUACCGCUGCAAGUACUGCGAGCGGUCGUUCUCCAUAUCCUCGAAUUUACAGAGACACGUAAGGAAUAUACAUAAUAAGGAGCGGCCGUUCCGGUGUCGUCACUGUGACCGCUGCUUCGGUCAACAGACAAAUCUCGACAGACAUCUAAAGAAACACGAGGCGGAGAAUGGAGACGAAAGCCGUCGGAGAUCUCCUGAUGAGACAUACUUCGAAGAGAUCAGAUCGUUCAUGGGCCGAGUGGCGCCGGCCCGCCGCGCCGCUGCCGCCGCUGCUUCUGCCGCAGACCAUACCUGAUAGUGGUAUGGUCCAAAUGCAACCUUCGCCGUUACAAUAAUCUGGUCGAUACAUCCAAAUGACUUUCGUGUAUUUUAUAGAACUUUUGUUGAUUGUAUGGGUUGUUAGAGUACAUAAGAGCAUUAGAUCGCGCAAGAAAGAUUGUUGACCAUUUUGAUUGUACAUUCCAAACUAAAUUAAAAGUGACCUGAUUAGUUAGGUACUAUUCAAACACAGUCACUUAUACGUUACUUAAAAAAAUGUAAAAGUAAUAUAUAUUUCCUUACUUAAGUUACUACUAUUUGUUUCAAUUGUUGCCGUCUUAUAAUAAAAUAGAACACAAGGGCGUUAUCCUUUGAUAAUUUAUUUUUACUCAAUCAUUUAUAUAAUUCAGUCAUAUCAAUAUAAUCCAAAUGUUAAGACAACAUUGUUAAAUAAAAAUUUGUUAAAUCUUAUAAAAGUCGUUCAUAUCAUACAAAAGGGAUCAAUUUAAAUGUGUAAUGUAUUUUUAGACGAUUAACAUGUUGUACACAUACAGGGUUUAACAUUAACAUUUAACAUGUUCUUACAUCAUAUUUUAAAAAAGUUAUACAAAAUGUUACGAAUGUAUGAAAAUGCGGUUCAGAAGUACUGUAUAUUUUAGGCCCACCGUGCACAUAACGAGCGCACACAAAUAAAAAUGCAAUAUGUACUCACGUGUACUAAUCUUUUCAACCGCACGAUUUAGUUUAUAUUUAAAAUAUUCAUUAUAGUUAUAUAAUUUCACAAAGACGGAUAAAGCGUGAUUGUUGUUAUAAUUAUUUAAACUUAUCAUUUAUUCACUUUUUUGAUUUAAAGCUGCAUAAUUAAACAAACAGAUUCAUAGGAUGCAAUAAAAUUAUCAGUAAUCAACAAUUUGGUGAAAUAAUAACUAUAUUUAAUAAUUAGAUUGUAAUAUAAAGUGAUAAUGCAUCUCAUGUACUUAUUGUAAAUAUAAAGCCUUCGUUCAAAAUAGGUUAAUAAUGUUUAGUGCGCAUACCGAAUUUUUCACUACCGAUAGUAAUAGAAUGUACAAGUAUAUUCCUUGUCAUAAAAGACAUAAAUAUUAAUAUUAAGUAUUCCGAGAGUGUUCGAUAAAAUAGUAUAAUAAGUUAUAGAUAAUUAAAUAGAUAUUAUAUGUAUAUAAGUAGUUUCUUUGUAUACGUUUCUUUUUUGUAAAUUUUGCUUUGAUUGUAAUAUAAUUAGUGUAUUAGUCUGAAAGGAAACGCCGGUUACCAAUAAAAAUAUAACUUGUUGCUUAUUGAAGAUAUUAUAAAUAUUUUUUUUAUAUAUAAAUUGUUGUAGAGAUUGUCUAAUUGCUCGGAAAUUUAUAUAUACUUAUAUACUGCGUGUUGCGUAAAUUAUUUCGUUUUUAGUGUGGUGACAGUUGCAAACCAACAAAUGUGUUUCCCUGUCAUCACCGACAUCUUUGUUAAGUUUCAAAUUUUACGCAAAUUAGAUAUGUUUUUGUCAUAUUUUGAGAUUUUAAAUUAGACGUUGUAUUAAACAAUUAGAGAUUAAUAAAAUAUAAAUUUCAAAAUGAUGUAAUCAUGCUUUCCAAAUUACUAAAUUUAAGAUAACUAUAGAACUGUGAUUUUAAUUUAUUACUGGAAAUUGGAAUUGUAUCUAACACGUUCUUACUUUACAUUUGAUGAUUUGUAAAGUCCAUCAAAGAGAGUACUAUCAUUGUCUAAACGUUCCUUUAAGUAUAGAUAGAUCUCUAUUAUUGUUACGAUUUUAAAGUUUACUAUAUUUCCUUAUUAUUUUUUAAACAACAUUCAUAUUAACAAUAGCGAAGCAAAUAAUUAAACGAUAAGAUAGAGAAAUGUAUUCCAUUAUUGGAGACGUAAUUUUGUUGAUCUAACCACAUCUUACCAUUAUAUCGCACAGAAAAACGAUUUAUAUAAUGAGAAUCUGUCACUAUAUAAUGUUUAUCUAACUAUGUUUAUUAAUUAGACCUAAAUUACAUAUAUAAAAAAUAAAUUCAAAAUUAGAAUUCAAUGUUGUUACAAACGUGAUUAUUAAUUUAAUAUUAUAAAAAGUUAGGAUGACCUAACUUUUUUGCUUAUAUUCAGACCAAGCGAUAGAUAUAUUGAGAUUAUGCUAAUUUCUUUAUACCUAAACAUGACUUUUGUCUGUGAUAGAUACCCUAGCUUUUAAUAUUUGAUUUGAAAAAUCUAUCUACAUUUUCAAGUUACCGUACGGAUAAAAAGAAUCCAAUGCCAAAAUCUAAUAAUUCUAAUUCAUUUAAAAUCUUGAAAUUUCGACUGCGUGUUAAAAUAAAAUUCAUCCCUAAGUCUUUGUUUUGCAUAAAAUAAUGUUAUCAUUUUUAAUUUGUUGGUGUUUAUUUUUUAGUUAUUAAUACAGUCUAUUUAUUUUUAUCAAAAUACUUCAAAAAUACAUGUAUAUAUAAUAUCCUGGAGUUUAUUUUUCUUGUCGAGUGGUCUGGAUACAAUAAACAACAACAUUUACCUGCAACCUAAUCCUUAACUGAUUAUCGCACGAACAAUUAUUGUCCGCAUAAUAAUAAUUUAAGUAUAUAGUGUGAAAUCUGAAACAUGCCUACAGAAUCUCAUUUUGUGUUGUUAUAUAUAACAAAUUAAUUAAAUCAAAUGUUACCUAUCACACAGAUAUGCCAUGCCAACAUGUUUCAAGAUGCUUGGACAAACAUAAGAUGCUAUUUAACUUAUCGUAGAAUGGAUAAGUAAUAGAGAUUAUUACCUUUAUUGUUUUGUACUUUUGAUACCUUUUAGUCGAUCAAAGGUCACCGAUUUACCUUGUCAAAAUGAAUUAAAUAACAAUAAAUUGA